AUGGUACAUACAACCUUCCAACAUUAUUCAAGAGAUCGAGAUCUAGUCCAGAUAAUGACAAGUGAGACAGACGUCUACAUCAGACGCGUGUCCGCCUCGGACGCGUCCGCUCUCUCGCGCAUUUGCCUCCUCACAGGCGACGCAGGCACCUCCGCCGAGCAUCUGCACGACUUCGGGGAGCUUCCGGGGCUCGUGUACGCCGAGCCAUACGCCCGGCUGCCUGCAGGCUUCGGCUUCGUCAUGGUCGACCCCACAAAGCCCCAGUCCGACCAGGUCGUUGGCUAUAUCCUAGGCACACACGACACCCGCGUGUUCGAGCAGCAGGCUGAGACGCUGUGGUACCCGUCACUCCGCGCGCGCUAUCCAAACCACGACCCACCAGCGCACCCGGAAGACCCCUCGCGCCCCGUCAAAGACGCGGACGCGCGCUACAUCCGCCUGCUGCACUCACCGCAGAACGCCCCGUCUGCGUGCGUCGCGUUCGCCCCGGCGCACCUGCACAUCGACAUCCUGCCGGACUACCAGCGCCAGGGAUGGGGCCGGCGGCUGAUUGCGCGUGCGAUUGAGUGUAUGCGAGAGGAGAGAUUGGACCGCGUCUGGCUGGGGCUUGAUCCGCGCAAUGAGGGUGCACGGCGAUUCUACGAGCGGUUAGGCUUCCGGAAGAUCGACGGAGCGGAAGGAAUGCGUCCACGCGGGCUACCGUUCGAGACUGCCCUGGACAGUAUCUGUCUCACAAUGAGGGAUCUGCAGCACACUCUCCGAAGCUUCUACUCCAACCUCUACCACAUGCAGGAGCUCGCAGCAGGAAGCAGGCGUUCUUGGGACAACGCUUCCCUUGUUACGACUGUGAUUCGCGGAGUUGGGUGGCCCCCUCAUCCCCCUUCUAUCAUCGAGGCAGAAGAGCUUGAUAUCACCGAUGCGGGGAAAGUGCGGCAAUCGAGAUAUGCAUCAUACCUGGAGACACUCCCUCCGAAGCACACAACAGCCGCCGAUGAGUCGGACGGAUGCCGCGCGAAGGAAGUCAUCCGCGCUCCCGUGACUGGCUGCUCUCAGUGGCCGGCGCGCGGGAGCUGGGGGUUGAGAGAGCGCGCGGGCACGGCACUGCGUAAAGCGGCGCGUCGAGACCAGUGGCUGCUGGUCGAGGCCGGGCGCGGAUGGUGGCGGCGAAUCAUCGCGCGGCCAUGGGCACAGGGGAUCGAUCACUGGGUGGGCCAAAUCUGCAUGAGCACGAGCACGAGCACGAGCACCGGAUGCGCGGGCUGGGGCUGGGGGGCAUGGGGAGAUAUCUGCGAGAUCCGAUUCCACAGAUACAGUGUCUCGCUUCUGGGGCAACGCGACAACGCGACAGGAGGCCGAACUGCUGGCACGAACCCGCUCGCGCCUGAACGUCGGUAUCCCGAGAGCAGCCUGGCUGCUCCACACGAAAGAACCAACUACAACUCCCGGCAGUUACGCGCGAGCGGCGGCGGGGCGGCGCUGGCAGGGCGGUGGACAUUCCCGAAACACGAUUGCUUGGAACGAGAACAGGGGGAACAUCUCCCUUUUGGACACAGAAAUACACACAGCAGCCCGGCACGCAACCGCGCACGCCUCAGCGCCGCCCCGCGCCCGCUCCAGCCGGCGCCGCGCCCUGUCCAGAGCCUUCCUCUUCUCCCCCCGGCGAGACGACUGUGGGAUCAGAAAGCCGUCAGAUCGUGGGCACGCGCGCCGAGAUUAGAACGGAGGGGGCAGCUCACGCAGGGCAAAGAGCGCGACGGCCAUUUCAGCUCGGACAGGGAAGACGUACAGUGGCGGGUGCCUGGGGUGCACCAGCGACACGGUCGUGUUCGAGACGUGCCGCAACGGCGGGGCGGUCUCGCCCUUGCUGUCCUUUCGGCGGCGCUUCGGGCACGCACCGUCGCGGGGGACAGGCGCGACGAAAUAGUCGAGGGCGUAUGGCGUGCCGUCCGCGGCGAGGUGGACUCUGAUAUCCUCGGACGUGCUCUGGGGCAGCGCGAGCUGGUAGAGCGCGCCGGCGGCGUCUGGGCUGCGGAGGGUCUGUGCGAAGUGCGCGAGGUCCGCCUCGAGCGUGUCGGCGGGCACGAGCGCCUCGGCCUCGAGCAGCGCGCCCCGCUCGGCUACGUCGGCGGCGGCACCCACAACGAUGGCGUGUUUGCGAACGUCGUCGCGAAGCCCGCACGUCCCGUGCGCAUACAAGAGGAGUUGUUGGCCAAAUUGCACCCAAUCGCCGCGCCUGGCGCAGAGAUAGCGAAUGGCGGUUGCUGGCGCAACUCGAAAGGGUCAGGCCUUGUCCAGACUCUGAGCAAGAUAUCUGAGAGGAAAUAUGACCGCUCAGCGCUCAGCGGUAAACAUGCCGCUGUACAUGUCGGGUUUCUUCUACCAAUCGUCAUUCAAAUCGGCACAAAUAGCCUACGGGCAUUUUCCCUGCACUACUCAGACUCAUAUUAUUGCUCGACUGCACUCCUCACACUUUCAAUCACAGGCGACGAGACGUACCUCGUUCCAGAGGACGUGCAGAAGGAUACCCCGCCGUCGUACGCCGCCGCCCAGGCGGACGCAGCCCCUCCAUACUGGGAGACGACCGUCCAUGCGCCGUCCUCCGCGUCGAGCGCGGGCGAGAUCAUCAUCGAUGCGCUGCCCACGGGCUCCGUCUUCUCGUUCCUGUGGAACAUGCUUGUCAGCAUCUCGUUCCAGUUCGUCGGCUUCCUGCUCACGUACCUCCUGCACACGACGCACGCGGCCAAGCUGGGCUCGCGCGCCGGCCUCGGCAUCACGCUGAUCCAGUACGGCUUCGCGAUGCGCCGCAACGAGGAGAACGCGUUCCAGGGCGAGACCACGACACAGGACGUGUGGAGCAAGCCGGCGUUCGCGACGCCCACGGAGGCGGACGAGUACUACAAGAACCUCAAUGCUACGGGCACGCUGCCGACGCCUGUCAGCGACGAGCCCGGUACAUUCAUCAUCGGCACUUCCGAGUGGAUCUCCUUCCUGCUGAUGACUGUCGGCUGGUUCAUCCUGCUCACCUCGCUGCUCGGCUUCUGGCGCGUCAAGCGCUGGGAGCGCGGCAUCCUCGCCGCACAGCGGGAAGACCCCUCCGCGGGACGUCCGUCCGGCCCCGCGAACGGCGCGCUGAUCCACUCGCUCGAGCGCGUGUUCGGCCUGCAGGGCCUCGCGGACGGUUCGCUCAUCCGCACGGGCCUCGGGCUCUCGCGCAAUGUUGACCGCGACGGGGACGCGGAGGCCCUCCUGCGCGAGAUGGCGGGGCCGGCCGAGCCAGAGCGCCCGCCGUCGCCGCGCGGCGAGUACAUCCUCCCGCUCGACCCGGACGACCCCGAGCGCAAUGCGCGCGUCGCCCAAGCGUUGGCGGUGCAGGCGCGGCUGGACCAGGAUCUCCGCUCGGCGGGGCUCAUCUGAGGAAGGAGUGGCGUGAGGGCUGCGUGUAUACCUGUAUGAGGAGUUCGUCUGUCACCCUGGUGAGGGCGGGGGCAGGCUCUUGGCUGCUGAUCUUGGGACAAUGCAUGUAAUAUAUAUCGACAAUGUGUGCUACGACCUCGGCUUGCUGG